AUGAAUAAAUACACUCUAAGAUUUGACAAUUCUAAAAUGGAAGAACUUUAUUUUUAAGAUCAAUUUGAAGAAUUAUUUAAUUUUUAUACUUGGGCAUGUUGUUUAGGUACCAUAAGUGCAAUAUGUGUUUUUACUAUGGAAUUUAUUAUACCAUUUGGAUUUGGUGCUUGGAAAUACACAUUAAUAAUGAUUCCAAUAGGCUUUAUAACCAGUCAUAGAUUAAUAAAAUUGUUACCUAAAUAUUUCAAUCUUGUUAUGGCGACAAUGAACAUGUCAUUAGGUGGAUUAAUUUUCAUUUUGCUUUAUUUCUUCUCAAACUCCAACAUUCUGUUUCUAGCAGGAUAAACUGUGGCAAUGAUUCAAUACAGUUUACUAUUAGGUUCAAAUGUCAUUAUAAACAUUCUAGUUUUGUUAAUAAACUAGAUAGGAUUGAUGGUAUUAAGUUCAAUAAUUCAAAAUUAUUUCAAUUCUUUAUAAUUAAUGUUUAUAUUAGCAUUGGUACUAGUACUAAAAUCAAUUUGGAGUAGUGAAAAAAUGAAAAGAUCAUUUUUUUUACUGAAGCAUUAAAACAUUCAACUACACAAAUAAUUAGAUAAUGUUUUUUAAUUGAAAAUAAUUAGAUGUAAAUUUGAUAAAAAAUUAAAUCAAUUAAAAUUAGUAAACUUUAAUAAAUAAGCAGAAAAAAUUAUUUAAGAUCAAAAAUAGUUUCUUUAAUUUAUAAGAAAAUAUUCAAUUGUUUAAAUUAGAUCACUCUCAUAACCAUUCUAAAUUUUAACAUAAAGUUAACGUUUAAAGUAAAAAGCAUAAACCUUAGAAUAAAUACUUUAUAAUAUGCUUGGAGGAGAUUAUAGAGAAAAGUCUUCAGAAAUUUAUUCAGAAAUUACUAAGAUUGCAUAUAGAAUUUGCAUAUAUAAAAUUAUAGAGAAAAACUCUGUUCAUUUAAUUAUGUUAAUUUAAGAAGAUAAUGAAUAUUAAAAGAUAUUAAAAUUAAAUAAAGAGGUAAGGAAGAAAAAUCGUAACUAAAGAUUAUUGAUGGCUUGCCUGGAAAAUGCAAAAAGAUCUUUAUAAUUAGUUAAGUAUCUAUCAUCGGAAAUUAUUGAUAAAAAACAAAAAAUCCAUCUAAAUUCUGUAUUAAAUAUACAAACAAUUAAAUUAAUCUCGAAUACAUAAAGUCUAUUAUUUAAAUCUAUUCAUGGAUAUUAUAAUGUUCUCAUACUCAAUAGUAUGCAUUAAAAAUUUCAGGAGACUUGUUAAUUUAACAUAAAGAGUUUACUAAAUGAUUUAUAAUAGUUACAGUGCAUUUUUUGUAAUGUAAAAUAAUUACCAAUUCAUUUUGAAGGAGAGAAUAUUGAAUGUGAAUCAAAUUAUGUAUUAACACUUUAACUAAUUUUGAAUGUACUUUAAGACUCAUCUUUUGAGAAUCCAUAUAAGAGCAUUUUGAUAAAAGUAUAUAUUUUAAGUAUAUUUUAGACCUAAUUAUUACAGUAUUUAUAAACAAAAGUGAUUAAGUAUAAAAUACAUCUUUUUAUUAAUGAAAAUAUAAACACAGAGAGUUCGAAAAAUAGAAUUAGUGCAAAUUAAUUUUAAUAUCUGAAAAAAGUAAACAAGAAGAUUUUAAAAAUAAUUGGAUGGAAUAAUUAAAUCACGAUAAUUAAUGAAAAUAAUUUUAUCUUAAUUGAAUAUAGUCUUAUUCAUUAUCUUAAAGAGUUUAAAGAGGCAAUUAAAAACUGA